AUGGAUAAGGUUAAGAUGGAAGUAGGCCACAAACCGCAGAUUGAAAAAAAUUUCGGUGUGAAAUCCUCCAGAAAGAUGCCAAUACCAACCGUAAGGUUUUUAAAAAAGAAUAUGAGUAAAGUAAGUAAGAAAAUAACAAAACGGGAAUACUGUCGAUGGACCUCAGAAGAUAUGGACCAUGCGAUUAAUGCAUACAAAUAAAACCAAUGUGAUUUUAAGAGUGCUGCAGACGUUACAGCACUCCAAAGCCGACUUUUAGAAGGCUCUUGCGCUCUUUAAAUAAAAAGGCAAAUGAAAAUGUUCAGUCUUUAGGUCGACACACGACUUUUAGCCCUGAAAUUGAAAUGGAAUUGGCAAAACAUAUUUUAAAGCUGGAAGAAAGAUUUUUUGGUGUAACAAUUCGGGAUGUUCGACGAUUGGCUCUUCAAAUAGCU